AUGCGACAUGGGAGCACUGGUGCCGUUCUUUGUACGCUACGAAACAUCCAGUUUCCACCGAAGCCGGUAUAUUCUCUGGAAUACAGUCGCUUCGAGGAACGUAUUUGCUACGCGGCGUGCACAGAUGGCGCUGUUUACAGAAUUGAAAUACCAAAUUUAGUGGCUUCUACAGACGACCCUCCACAAUAUUGUAUUCGUGCUGAUCCAGCCCUCGAAUAUCUAAACACACAAUACUAUGGUGCACCUGGACUUUCUUCUGCAGCUACACCGUUUGUUACACAACGAUCACCAGCUCUAUCGUUGGGUGUAAGCGCUGACGAGGCAAAGCUCAUUGUUGGGUACGCUGACUCAUCAAUAAAAAUCUACGACAUGGAGACUCAAGAGGCGGAAACAACGUUCAAAGUGCACAAGUUGCGUUUGCAAUUUAUCCCCAAGAAACUCCAGCGCAUGCAUUUCGGGCAAGUAUGCGCUUUGAGAUGCCACAGUGAGAGACAUCGAGUAUUCGCUAGUGCUGCGUGGGAUAAUACAUUGAGAAGGGAUCAAUGCGUUGCUGGUAGCUGGCAGCCCACAGAAGCCCUCACCGUGUGGGAUAUAGUUGCUAGAAAACGUCUGAACAUCAUUCGAGCGCAAAACAGAAGACCAGACGUCGAUGGUGAAUUUAUAUACGCCUGUCGUUUCUGGGGAUCUUCCACGUACAAUCGCAAAGGUAAAUACGCAAUAAUUGGCGGCAGCGGCACCAACUGUGUCGAAGUAAUCAACCUCCACAAUCGAUACAUCGCCUGCUCAUAUCCGGCUGCUGGCGCAGUACUGGCUGUCACAAGCUACGAGGACCGCAUCGCCUUCGGCGGAUCAGCCCCAGUAUUAAACAUCGUCUCCUUCCACGACCCGAAACACGAGAGAUACGCCGGUGAAGUCGAACCGGAUUAUGAAUACACCAAGGGUGAACCGUACUUUCCCGCAAGUUCGAGUUCGUCUGAAGUUCUCCCGGAAAUCGACGCGUCAAGAUUAUCAAAGGCAUCCUCUCGAGAACUCGUGUGCGAGGCGUUGGUGAACUUUCAACUUUUACCCGCUUAUGUCGCUCGCUACCUAUCCCCCGAACUCACCCCAGUGGGGGGCGGGGGCCGCUUUCCGUACUUGGACCGAAUAUUUACAGCGCAACCUAAAUAUAGCGUGCCGCUGCUCAGCUGGCACGGCUGA